CAUAAACAUUUUUCAUUUUUUACACUCUCUUCUCAAUUAACUUUUAUUUUUUUAUCCCUCCCUCCCCCGGUCGUAUCGACAAUAGUAUACUAUGAACGUUUUUUCACGGUCGGUGGCAGCCGCACGGCGAGCACAGAGACACGCACCCAGCACAAUGCAGCUAUCCAUGUUGCGUGCACACUGCAGAGCAGCUUCAGUUCGGCUGAUAACAGUCAGCGCGGCCAAUCUCGCUGAGAAAAGAGAUAGCGCUGCCGAUGCCAAUUACAUUGAGUCCAAGGAGCCAGUUAACCCAGAAAAGGAUCCACAGGAGCAUCAAUCCAGCGAUUCAAUAAGCGGCCUCGAUGCAGUGUUCAAAAUGCUCAAACUGCCCGACUUUGACCCAGCCAACGCCGAACCCAGGCCAAAAAAUAACAGUGCGCAGAAGUCUGGAUCCUACAAUACAAAGUACAACAUGGAAGAUGAUGCCAAUGACCAGGAUAUUGGUAUGGAUGAUUUGUUUACGGCGAUUGACAGAAACAAGCAGAUCAAGGCACCCUACAAAUCACAGCCAUAUGGGCCUGGGAUUACAGAAACCAGCGACAAGUCGCAGGAGUCUGAUCCGAUGGAUGAGUUUGAGCGCAUUCUCUCUGAUCUGGCGGCUGAGGACACCCAGGUGUACAGAAGCGAUCGCCCGGCGCCGCUCUUUUGGGACGAGAACAGUGGCACUAAAGGUAGUGGUCGCGGACGUGAUGGGGAUGCUGCUUUUCUCAAAGAGCUGACACCCGAAUCGCUAUUCAGGGAGGGCCCGCGCACAUCGGCAUACUCGGCGGGGGAGUUGGAUUCAAAGAGCAGACAAAGGCUGCCUGGGGAAAAGGACCGCAGUAGGGACAGGGAGAUUGAGCAGAACCAGCUUAGCCAGCUCUCACAAUGUCGCUCGGUGACUGCGCUGUCGAGCUUUGUAUAUGGAGAGUUGCUGUUCUCCAAUAGAUCUACUCCCAAGAACGUACUUGUUCCACGACCCAGCCCGUUGGUUUUUGCCGAGGCCAUCCGGGUGUCUCGAGAGCUCCGCGAGCCGCAGAUCGCCUUCUUUAUCUACAACUACUGCCGCACGCAUAUGAAUCUCGCUGAUAAGCUGCAGAUCCUGGACCAAGUCGUUUAUGAGGAGCUGCUUAUGACUGCGUGGAGCAGUCUGCGGGAUAUAUCGGCAGUUACGUUUAUUCUGCAAGACGCUAUUGCCAUGGGCGUUCUUGGAAAUGCACGGUUGGACCGACAGAUUGACCAGAUCAUUGUAGAGCUCGAUAAGCUCUACAACAUGCCUGAGCUUGCCGAGCGGCUUUCGGUUCUUAAGAGCAAGAUCUCGCCCAAAAAUAACAUUCGCGAUACCUUGACCUAUGACGCCGAAUCAAAGUCGGUUCCUGCAGGUCUUGCCCGGUUUUCGUUGCACUAGUCGAAUAUCACAAUUUCGUUCUUUUUAAAAUACAAUGCUUUGCACUCGAUAAAGACAAUAAAGUAUUGAAAAACAAAUUAAAAUAGAUAUAAAAACAUUUAAGAAGGACGUUGUUGCUGCUGCUGCUGCUGCUGCUGCUGUUG